CAUUUGGGCAUCAUUCGAUUUCUGAUUUUGCAACGAAGACGUCGUCGGAUAAGUAAUAUCGUGUGCGGUUCCUCAGCGAAAACGGUAACAGUUUUCAUUUCGCGCUUUGUGAUAUUUGUUGUUGGGAAAACUCGGAAAAUCCGAGAAAUGCGUUGUUGCUUUGUGCCGCUGGUGGCUCUGCUCUUGGCAGCAGGCAUCCGGGCGGAUGUCUCCCACCUGGACACGGAUCUCCAGGAGGAUGGCUAUCAUUACAAGCAGCCUUCGGUGCCGUUCCCUCCUCCGGGAUCAGGCAACGGCAUCGAGGACUCGGGCAUAGGAUCGGGUCCUGCCCCCUCGGCUCCGGCUCCUUCAUACGGACCGCCUCAGACGCAGCCCCCACGUCCUCCGCCGCAGCCCACGCCUCCGGCACCUUCGUACGGACCCCCCCAGACGCAGCCACCUCGUCCUCCACCACAGCCCACGCCUCCGGCACCUUCGUACGGACCCCCCCAGACGCAGCCACCUCGUCCUCCGCCACAGCCCACGCCUCCGGCUCCUUCCUAUGGACCUCCGCAGACGCAGCCACCUCGUCCGCCGCCACAGCCCACUCCCCCAGCUCCUUCCUAUGGACCUCCGCAGACGCAGCCACCUCGUCCGCCGCCACAGCCCACGCCCCCAGCUCCAUCCUAUGGACCACCUCAAACUCUUCCCCCACGUCCGCCACCGCAGCCAACGCCUCCCUCGGGUCAGCCCGGACAGGAGUAUCUGCCCCCGGAUCAACCUAGGCCUCGACCAACUCCCUCGCGUCCCCAGCCUCCUCCACCACCGCCACCAUCAAGGCCUCAGCCCACUCCUGGAUACGGACCUCCACCUUCUCCCCCAGCUCCACCCGCGCCUACUCCUUCGUACGGACCCCCACCUAGCCAGCCCUCACCACCAAGUCCUCAGCCACCACGUCCUCAGCCUCCUAGUCCACCGGCACCACGUCCUACACCUGGAAACGAAUACCUGCCUCCCCCUGGAGAGAACGAAGUGACUCCGGCUCAGCCACAGCCAACUGCUCCGGCUCCAUCCUAUGGACCCCCACCGUCGUCGCCACCAGGACCCACCUAUCAACCACGUCCUCCUACUCCACCCAGCCCUCCGGCGCCAACUUACCAGCCACGUCCUCCAACACCACCAGCACCCACCUACCAGCCUCGUCCUCCAACACCGCCUGCACCUCCAGCACCAACUUACCAGCCUCGUCCUCCAGCACCUCCAGCUCCCACUUACCAGCCACUGCCGCCCGCACCCACUCCACCAGCACCCACUUAUCAGCCCCGCCCGCCCGCACCACCAGCACCUACUCAGGAGUAUGGACCCCCACCCACCAGUGGUGGCGACGAGGCGGGAUCCCUGGGACCCGACGGCUACAACUACAACAAGCCUGCCAAGCCCUUCACCUUCUAGAGGAUCCGCAAUACUCCACUAAGCGACUUUAGUCCUGUGAAUCACUCAGCCCCUUGAAGUCCUCAAACAUCAAAGAAAUAUUAUUCCAAAUAAAAAAACAAAAACUAAAUUGAAAACCAAA